AUGAUCCUCAUAAAUGAAACGGACCUUCAUCAUACAGCUGUUAGUUACAUAAGAGAUAAUCACCCCAAUGCUGUAAUAGUACCCGGUCUUGGUGAGUAUCAGGAUACAGUGUCAAAGAGAUGUGAUGCUUGGAAGAAGGGCUAUAAAGGUGGUCAGCCAGAUCUUAUUAUAGAGAACCCUAUGGGGAAGUACACAGGAUUCGCAAUUGAAUUUAAGUCUCCUAAGGGCACAGGGAUUACAAGUGAGAAGCAAGCAUUAUGGCUCGAAAGACUGAGGGAAAUAGGGUACAUGACCAUGAUAUCCGACGACUUAAUACAAAUUUGUAUCAGAAUUAACGAGUACUUCUCACUUAAGAAAAAAGUUAAAACAGUAAGAGUGAAAAAUGUAGUUAGCGAUGUAAAGCUGUACAAACAAAAGUUCACAUCACACAAGUACUAG